GAUGAUGUUCUCAUCGCCUCUCCUAAAAGAAAAAGCGCUGGCACGUGGUAAAUCGAUAUAUCCGAAAGUUGCAGUGUUUUCCGAAAUUUUACCGCUCGCCUCGAAGAAUCGUGUUCAGGCUGGACAAAAACCAAGAGCAGCGAGUUCGUCGUGCACUCAAGAGCUACAAGCACUGUUUGGAUGCCUGAAAAAGUGGGAAUUCGAUGAUGUUCCAUGCUCAAAACAACACACUCUUUACAUGGAUUGCGUUCACAAAGGAGCUGAAGAAGCUGCCGCGUAUCGGGAUGCCACGAGAAAAGGAACACUUGGAGAAUCUGGAGCCGGCGGAAAACAAUCAAUGACCAGUGCUCAAUUCAAUAAAAUUCAAAAACUCUUUCCACAACCAGACCUUGGAAAGCAGCCAUAUCGACAGAUGAAACGACUUCCAACACAAGACUACGCCGACGACACGUUCCACAGAAAACAUUGGUCAGGAAAAAGAAGCUAGAAUUUUUAAUUUUUAUUUUAAAAUCUCUUUUUUUGUUUUCUAGUAUGUAGUUUUCUUGUUUCUGUUAAAACUCCAAAAUAAGACAUAAAUAGUGCCUAUCCUU